AUGGUUAAUUUUCGACAUAUGGAAGUUGAAUUUGUCACCGAGGAAACAUCCGAUGAUGAAAACUUCGGUUUUGAUGAUGGCAGUGAGGAUUACCUAAAUUUCGAUGGAGAACGAUGUGGGAUUUGUAUGGACGUUGUGAUCGACAGGGGCGUGCUCGAUUGCUGCCAGCACUGGUUCUGUUUUGAUUGCAUUGACAACUGGGCAACCAUCACAAGCCUCUGUCCUCUUUGCCAGAAUGAAUUUCAACUUAUUACAUGUGUACCGGUGUAUGAUACAGUCGGUGGCAACAAGACUGACGAUGAAACAAGUCCAAGAGAUGAUGACUGGUUCAUUGAAGGGAAAAGUAACAAUGUUUCUUUUCCUUCAUACUAUAUCGAUGAGAAUGCAGUUGUCUGCAUGGAUGGAAAUGGCUGCAAAAUUCGUAGUGGAUCGGUGUCAAUUGAAGCAGAUUCAGAUAUUGAUACAUCCAUUGCUUGCGAUUCAUGUGAUAAGUGGUAUCAUGCUUUUUGUGUGGGAUUUGAUCCUGAAGGCAGUUGUGAUAGCUCAUGGCUGUGUCCAAGGUGUAAUGAUAAAGGUCCAAACGAGUUGGAUAAUGUUUCAUUAAGAAAAAGCUACCUAAAUAGCUUAGAAGUUGCUAACUGUGGCUUUGUAGAUGGAGCAUCUUUAUCUGGAAGAGUAUUAGUAUCUGUUGCUGAUGAUGGUGAGACAGCUGUAGUUGUAUCACUGAUUGACGAAAAUCAAGAAUCGAGUCAAUCAGCCUCGGCAUUUUGUAAAGAUAAAAAUAUGGGAAACACCUUCUUACCCAGUUCUAUGUGCUCCUCUCCAAAGCCUGAAGCAGUGUCUGGUGAUAAAGAGAGUGUUGAACCAAAUUCAUGUGAACAAGGAACAGCAGAACUGAAUUUCUCACGAGAUAAUCAUGGCAGCUCAUCACAUGAUGAUGUAUUACCUGCUGAGCUGAACACAAAUGCUGAUGGUGUAGUUGAAGUAGCCCCGGGACAUUUGAAAGAGACAAUGACCGAGUCUGGUUUAGAUCUUGAUCUUGACAUGAAGGACAAUCAUGUAGCUGAAGAUAAAGUGCCUCAGUUAUCCGAACCAAAUAACAGGUCACAAGAUCCUAAGCCAGAGAAGGCGACGCCUGAUGACGUUGUUGACAAUAUGAUGGCUGAUGAGAAACUGGCCAUUACUGGAAUUACAUGUGCUAAGAGGAAGUACAGAGAUAACAGAAAUGCAGAAGGCAGAACUGAAGCUAAUAUUGAGGUUAAGAUUCCUCGAAAGAAAAUGAAAGCUGAAAAGAAUAGUCAGCCCAUCAGUAAUAUCAUGGAUCAAACAGCUGCACUCGUUCGAGAUGAGUCCACUACAAUUUCCAGACAAAAACGUUUGAGGGAAAAGGAAAAUGCUAGUCUUGAUAUAAGGGACAUAGUCCAGGGAUCAUAUCGUAAAUCUCUGAAAAAACCUGGACAUAGAAAUUCUUCCGAUACAACCUGCAAAGAAGGAGAAAGUGCCGCCGGGUUGAGGGUCAAGAAGAUCGUGAGGAGAGCUGGCGAUGAUAAAGAAUCUUCAACUCUCGUUCAAGAGCUUAGACAAAAAAUCAGAGAAGCUGUCCGUAAUAAAUCUUCUGAAGAGCUUGUCGGGAAAAAUCGUUUUGAUCCGAAGCUUCUGGAUGCUUUCCGGGCUGCUUUGGCUGGAUCAGGUGCAGAUAUUAGGAAACCGCCUCUGGAUGUGAGGGCAAAAAGGUCAUUGUUGCAGAAGGGCAAAGUUCGUGAGAGUCUGACCAAAAAGAUAUACGGGGCUGGGGGAAAACGGAAACGGGCUUGGACUAGGGAAUGCGAAGUCGAGUUCUGGAAGCAUCGGUGCAUGAAAAUAUCGAAGCCCGAAAAAAUCCAGGCAUUGAAAUCGGUUCUUGAUGUCCUGAGAGAUAAUAAUCUUCAAGAAAAGAAAACGCCUGAGAAUGAAGAGGAGGAGACAAAGGGUUCAAUUCUGUCUAGAGUUUACUUAGCCGAUACAUCUGUUUUCCCUAGAAACAAUGACAUUAAACCUGUUGCAAACCUCAGAGCUGCUGGAGCUCCCAAGCCAAAAAAAGAAAGUAGUUUGACUGGAAAUAACUCUAUACCUUCGACCAGUAAUCAGUCCGAUGCAAAUUCACUGAGGCUCUGUAGUUCAUCUCAGUUGAAAGUUCUUCCUCUGGAUGGUAAAGAGACAAAGAAGAGUGUUACGGAGGUCAAAUCUGCAUUAGGUGGUAAGAAGGUACCUUUGGAUAAGGAAAAGACAACCAAAUCGGACAUGGCAAAGGGUGAUAAAAGACAGUGGGCCUUAGAACUUUUGGCUAGAAAAACUGCAGUCCCCGGCAAGAAUAUGCAAGAGAAAGAAGAUGACAAUGCGAUUCUCAAAGGGAAUUUUACCUUAUUGGCUCAACUACCGAAAGAAAUGCGGCCUGUUUUGGCUGCCAGUCGUCAUAAUAAAAUCCCCGUAUCAGUCAGGCAGAUUCAACUUUAUCGCCUCACCGAGCACUUCCUGAAGAAAGCAAAUGUGUCGGUCGUUUGCAGAUCUGCCGAGACAGAGUUAGCCGUUGCGGAUGCGGUUAAUAUCGAAAAACAAGUUGCCGACAGGUCACACAGCAAGCUCGUCUACCUCAAUCUGUGCUCACAGGAAUUAUCACGAAGAGCAGAUGAUAUUAACAGUAGCUCAGAUGCAGCAACCGAAGAAUCUAAUAAUAAUAACAAUAAUAAUAUUGACAGUAGCCCUUUAGAUUUGGGAGUUGAAGAAGCACUGAGAAGAGCUGGGCUUGUGUCGGAUUCCCCUCCAACUAGUCCAAAUCAUCCAACAGACGAUAUUACCAAUGAUAAUAAUAAUAAUAAUUACAAAGUAUGUUCAGCAGAUAGCAGUGAUGACGAGGGACCUGAGAACGUUAUCGAGGCCGAGCCUCACUCGGAACUUGAUAUUUACGGUGAUUUCGAGUAUAGUUUGGAAGAUGAUGACUUUAUCGGUGCUGGCUCUCUUAGUACCAAUUCUAAGCCACAGCCCGAGCCGCCAAAGUUGAAAUUGCUGUUUUCAUCGAUUAAACCCGAAAAAUCAGACGAGAAAGCUUUAGCGGAGUUGUCGGGCCCAGUUGAGUCUCGGAAUGAUGUUGGCACUGGGGGCCCGGAUCUUGAUAACAGUAAAGACGAGGGUCUUAUUCGAAAUUCUGCAGUUGAUGAUAGUGAGAAGGAGCUUUUGAUGGCAGAAUGUGAAGAGCUCUAUGGACCUGAUAAAGAACCACUUGUUGAAAAGUAUCCAUUAGCCGUAUCAGAUAAUAAGCCAUUUGAUGGAUUAUCUGAAGAAAAUGGUAGUAAUAAGAGGUUGGGCCAAAUCCAAUCACCUUCCAAUAUUAAGGAUAAGAACAAUGCGGUGAAGAAGGAUAGGACAGCAAAAGCCGACACCAAGCCAUUGGAAAGUAGUAUGAUCAUGAAAAAGGUUGAAGCAUAUAUUAAGGAGCACGUAAGACCCCUUUGCAAGAGUGGUGUGAUCACGGUUGAACAGUACAGGUGGGCCGUGGGAAAGACAACCGAGAAAGUUAUGAAGUACCAUUCGAAGGAGAAAAAUGCAAAUUUUCUCAUCAAGGAAGGUGAGAAGGUGAAGAAACUGGCCGAACAGUAUGUUGAAGCUUCCCAGCAGCUGACGAAAUGUAAACCUUCUUAA